AUGGAGGGGCUUCCGGACGUUACUGGCUCCACUGGCACCAGAGACUGGGACGCUGUGCCGACGUCCGGUAUCGGAGUCUCCGAUUCUGGCACCAACACUGGUGGCUACACUGGUGGCUUCGACACAGGUGCAUCUCCCGACGUCGUGGGUUCCUCUUCGGCUACUAGUGGCUGGACUGUACCGACCCAUGUGCCGACGUCUGAUGAUGCCGACUCUGACACUGGCACCGACGCUGGUGUCAUCGAGAUGGGCGGGACCAUCGCACGUGGUGACAGCACUAGUAACCCCCCCGGCGCCGUGAGCUCCUCGACUAGUAGCGACUGGAGUGCACCAACCCAUGCGGCAACAUCCGAUGAUGGAGGCCCCGCUAUCGGUGCCACAGACACUAGUGGUGACGGUGUGAACACCGCACCCCUGGAUGGCGAGUCUUCGAAUGGCGACCCUUCGGCCGGCAGAGAGUCAAGCACCGACAGAUUCCUUCCCAACAAUCCCGGCAGUGGCGAACCAUUCAGCCCGCAGACUUCAUCGACAAACGCCCCAUCUGAUUCCCUCGAUGGCGGGGAUUCCGCUACCGUCUCCACCCCACCUCCCGACGGACUGGCGAUCAACAUGGCGGCCAAGCCGGAGCCCAUGGCUGUUGUAGAUAUCACAUCUGGAACUAUCUCGUUUGCUGGGUCGACCUCAAUCGCGAGUGCUGACGGGGCGGGUGUACCCUCUCUGCCGGCAACCACGGGUAAGCCCAAGAGCCACUGCCCUCGUCGUCGACGCCGCCGCACACUGUCUGCGUGGUAG